ACCUGGAAGAAGCGGGCGUGGGUACCCUACUAAGGCAGCCACCGCCGCCGAGCGACGGAUCAGUUUAGCAACUGAGGAAGGGCGGGCUAGUUGUUCCGUCUGUGCUACUUGGCUGCUAGCUUUAGAUUAAUAUUUAUUAUAGAACUAUGAUUUAAGCAAAUAAAAUAAAUAAAGGAGGGAGUGUUGGAAGGUUUCACGGAGGUGCCUUGAACAAGCCACAGCCCCAGUGCGUGGUGCUGAUUGGACUCUGGCGAGGAGAGCCGCGCGAAGAGGCUGGAUCUUGUGCAGAGCCGCGCGUGGGUCGGCAGGUUUCUCCCUAGAGGGACGAGAAGGGGAGGGAGGGGAUCCGAGUUCCCUUUCCUCUUCAAGCACCCGGGAGGUUGGUGUGGCGCUGGCCGGAAAGAGGAGUUUCUAUCUCCAGUGGAAAUUCCCGGCCAAGAGGCUGGUUGGCUUGGGACGAUUUGCCCAAAGGUGGAAAAGGGGCGAACUUGUACCCUAUCCAGCGAUUCUGUUUCUUUGAGCCAGGUAAAAGACGCGCGUGUGUGUGAACGAAAACAUGCCGCAGACUCCUCCCUUUGCAGCUAUGUUUGACAGCAGUGGUUACAAUCGAAACCUGUAUCAAUCGAAAGAGGACAGCUGUGGAGGACUCUAUUACCAUGACAACAACUUGCUGUCGGGAUCCUUGGAAGCCCUCAUCCAGCACUUGGUGCCCACUGUUGAUUACUACCCUGAUAGAACAUACAUCUUUACCUUCCUGCUCAGCUCACGCCUCUUUGUCCACCCUUACGAGUUGAUGGCAAAAGUGUGCCAUUUGUGUACUGAGCAGCAGAGGCUGGAUGAACCCGUGGCUGAUAAAAGCCAGUUACGAAAAAUUGCCCCCAAAAUUCUGCAGUUGUUAACAGAGUGGACCGAGACGUUUCCGUACGAUUUUCGAGAUGAGCGAAUGAUGAGGAAUUUAAAGGAGCUGGCCCAUCGAAUUGCUAGUGGGGAUGAGAUGUACCGGAAAAAUGUACAGCAGAUCAUCCAGAGUCUCAUUCGUAAGCUGACCUCUCUUAGCCAGUACGAGGAAGUGCUUGCAAAAAUCAAUGCAACCUCGACAGACAGACUGACAGUCCUGAAGACCAAACCCCAGGCCAUCCAGAGGGAUAUCAUCACAGUCUGCAGCGACCCCUACAUGUUAGCCCAGCAGCUGACUCACAUAGAGCUAGAGAGGCUCAAUUACAUUGGACCACAAGAAUUCGUCCAAGCGUUUGUACAAAAAGACCCACUGGAUAAUGACAAGAGCUGCUACGGUGAUCGCACGAAGACUCGGAACUUGGAAGCGUACGUGGAAUGGUUCAACAGGCUCAGCUACUUGGUUGCCACAGAAAUAUGCAUGCCAGUGAAGAAAAAACACAGAGCGAGAAUGAUUGAGUACUUUAUCGAUGUGGCUCGGGAGUGCUUUAACAUUGGCAACUUCAACUCGUUAAUGGCCAUCAUUUCUGGAAUGAACAUGAGCCCUGUUUCCAGACUAAAGAAAACCUGGUCAAAGGUCAAGACAGCCAAGUUUGACAUUCUGGAGCAUCAAAUGGAUCCUUCCAGCAAUUUCUACAAUUACCGCACAGCUCUGCGUGGAGCAGCUCAGAGGUCUUUGACAGCACACAGCAACAGGGAGAAGAUUGUCAUCCCUUUCUUCAGCCUGCUCAUCAAGGACAUUUACUUCCUCAACGAGGGCUGUGCCAACCGCUUACCCAACGGCCAUGUCAAUUUCGAAAAAUUUUGGGAACUGGCUAAACAAGUGAGUGAGUUUAUGACGUGGAAACAAGUGGAGUGCCCUUUUGAAAGGGACCGGAAAAUCCUUCAGUAUCUGCUCACUGUUCCAGUCUUCAGUGAGGAUGCACUUUACUUGGCUUCCUAUGAGAGCGAAGGCCCCGAGAACCACAUUGAAAAAGACAGAUGGAAGGCUCUCAGGUCAACACUUCUGGGAAGGGUUUAAUAUGUGACUGGCUUCCUGCUGUUGCUGCUGCGCUAACAUUAUUAUUGAAGGCCGUUGAUGCCACUUAUUUAUUUUCCCCCUCCCUCUUUUUCAAUCGUGACAUUUUAAGUUAUGAGAGCUGUGCAGCUGGUUAAGACAUGUCCGGACUUUAUUAUGUUAAGAACAAGUGCAACCUAACUUGAGAAGAAACAGACUUGACUUCUCAGACCUGAUGGAUCAGAUUAAAAGCUGAUUGAUCAAAAGGGCAGUGAUGAGGAAACCCUUUUGAAGAUCUGACUCUUCUUGGAAACAUUUUGAAACACCUGGAUGGGAUUCCAUCACCACAAGCAUCUUUUUAAACUUUUGCCUCGCUGUUCCUUUGUGCUAGCAACUUGCUGCUACUUGUGGGCUAGAGUCUGAAGCAAACUUUCAUUCCAACUGUUGACAUCCUGUCUUUCAUGAAGAAUGGAAAGGAAAACUGUCUCAGCUGAUAUUUUGCUGAGCGCAUCUAGGAACUUUGGUUUCCUUCUUGGGGAAAGAGAAAAAAGUUCACAACACAGCAAAAUGGGAUGCUUAAGAUUUGUGUUUAUUUGUCAUGCAAGAGAGAUAAUUAUUAUUCUGGGGGUGGGUGGAGGUUUUUUUUGUUUCUUCCUUGAGUUAGCUGCUGGCUGGCAAACUCUUAUUUGUAUAUUAUUUAAAAAUAAAAAGUCGUUAAACUCAGUGCUGUGAUAGGAAAAGCAGACACUAGAAGGAAAUGUAGCAAAUGUAACUAGGCUGUGUAGAAAAAUCACCUAUUUACAAUUACUCUUGUGUUUUUGUUUGGUGUUUAAGGGCACAUGCACACUGCAAACUUAGGCCCUAUCUGCACUACACAUUGAUACCACUUUAAUGGCUUCCCCGAAUGAAUCCCGGGAAUUGUAGUUUUCUGAAGUGUGCUGAGAGUUGUUUGGAGACCCCUAUUCCCCCCUCACAGAGCUACAUUUGCCGGAGUGGUUUAACUAUCAAUUCCUUUUCCCAGGGAACUCUGGGAACUGUAGCUCUGUGAGGGUCAGAGGGGUCUCUUAACAACUCUCAACCCCCUUCAGAAAACUACAGUUCCCAGGACUUUCUGGGGGAAGCUAUGACUGUUUAAAGUGGUAUCAUACUGCUUUAAAUGUAUAGUACAGAUGUGGCCUUAAAUCUGGUAUGAAAUCAAUUUAACUUUCUGGCUUUCUUCAAAGAGCCAUGCAAAUUGUAGUUCUGUGAAAAUAUUCAGGGGAGAAGCCUGUAGCACAGGGAUGGGGAACCCAUGUUCCUGCUGAUGUUGCAGAGAUGAUACAACUCCCAUCGUCUCUGACCACUGGCCAUGCCGGCUGGGGUUGAUAGAGUUGGAGUCCAACAACAUCUGGAGAGGCCACAGGUUCCCCACUCCUCUCUCACUUCAUAAAACGUUCCUCCUGAAGUUCCUUUCUGGGGGAGCCAAAACAUUUCAACCAGUUUGAGCCUGGCUUAAAUUUGUGACUAUCUUUUCUCCUCCUUUCCCCCCAGCCUACAGUAUUGGUUCAACAAUUAGACUUUUUUCCCUUCAGAAAUCUCAGCUCAGAAGACUGUAGGUAGAUUGAAUAUAAAAAUUAUCCCUUUAUUUAGUUGUGGGUUAAAAAAAAAAAAGUUUGGAAGUAACUGCUGUAGUUAUACUGAAAUUGUUAAAUCCUACAGUCAAAGGAAAGAUCCUCAAGUAAAGUACUACUGUGAAUUGAAAACAACUGGGUUUUUUUUCAUGAGUUUACAAGCAUUGUUUUGACUGUGAAAGAGGCCGUUUUGGUAGACAUCUUAAUGGAGGCUAUAGUACUCUGAAUGCUUAGCGUUGUACUUUGCCCCCUAGGAAAUUCUGGUAAAUGAAGCAAAACCCUUGAGCAUUUGGCAGCCUAACUCUGAAGGAGGUCUUUCAUUUGCCAAAUCAUAUUCUAAGCACAGGGACUUGUAUGUAAUCAGUGCCACCAUCCAAAAUU